GUCCGUCACUUCCUGACUCCUUGAGUCAUGUGACGCAUGUUUUCGUUGUAACGUUUCCGCGUUUAGUGAGUGUUUUCGCCGCGUCAUGUGGCUGUCAGUAACCCAAACCUCGAGCAGGAUCAGGGGUUGAAAGCCUCACACCGACUCCUCCAAACAAAUUUUUACCGGAGGUCCGAGGAGUCUCCCAGCCGCCGCAGAGACUCUUCCCGCGGGGCGUUGUUGGAAGAAAGGCUCGGGUCCGGAGGGAGCGAUGGCGGACGGGGAACGGUCACCGCUGCUGCCCGAUCAGCACGACGGGACCAACGGCUUCUCUCCCGGUGCGAGCUCACACGGAUAUCUGCCGAAACCUCAGAGUUUAGCUCCGUUCCCCAGCUCAGUGGCACCUGGCGAGCCUCCACCCCCGUACUCCCCACAGGGCAGCCCGGACAGCAGCAGCGCUCCGGUCAUCAGCUGCCGGGUUUGUCAAACCUCCAUAUCUGUGGAGGGCAAGACGCACCAGCAUGUGGUGAAGUGCAACAUCUGCAAUGAAGCUACGCCCAUUAAGAACGCUCCUGUUGGAAAGAAGUAUGUCCGCUGUCCCUGCAACUGUCUGCUGAUCUGCAAAGUGACAUCGCAGAAGAUCGCCUGUCCAAGACCGUACUGUAAACGCAUCAUCAACCUAGGUCCAGUCCACAUUGGAGGGGACAGUCCUGAACCACGGCGUCAGCCUGUUGGCAUCAGAGUCAUCUGUGGACACUGCUCCAACACAUUCCUGUGGACAGAGUUUUCAGACUGCACUUUGGCUCGAUGUCCUCACUGCCGAAAAGUCUCUUCUAUUGGUGUGGGGUACCCCAGAAGGAGGAGCCUGCUGUGCCUCCUGCUGUUUUUAAUCUUCGCUGCCUCCACCGCAGGACUUUUGGUCGGCACCUGGAAGUCCGCCAAGAGCUCAAAAGGGAUCUACGUGUCGUGGGUGCUCCUGCUCCUGCUCAUGUUUUUCACCAUGGCCAGAACCAUCUACUGGAAGUGUCUAAAAAUUAGUGAACCCUUAUCCAAUAUCACAUAGAGGGAGAAAGAGGGUGAGGUAGGCGAGAGGGCUGCUGUAUGAGGAGGAGAAAAUUUUAAAAAAGAAAGUAAAGAUCUCAAGUGAGAACAAAACAGUGACUCCUGACAUCAAUGUGAGGCAAGAAAAAAUGGGGGGACAGUAGGUAUAAAGAAGAGUUAAAGAACAAAAAGUUUUUUAACAUGUUAAAAACUUCAAGUUGCUACCAAAUUGGGUUAGAAAAUAUAAACAUAAACAUGACCACACAUUGCCAAAAUUCAUGUAAUUCAGUUUCUUUUGUUUAGCAUUACAUGUUGUAGGUGGUUGUUGCACCACAGAAGAGAAGCUGGAUGGAUGAAAUGUGGUUCUUUGCAUUACUAAUGGGGUGUUUCAGAGUCUGAUUCUGCUGUUUUCUGAUUGGAUUAGUUAAAUUGGAGAGCUGCAUGUGAUUGUGAUUUUUGAGAGGUCCAUGCAUUUUAAGCAAUUUUAAAUAAGGACACUCCUAGAGCACAGUACUCCACCAAGGCCAAUACUUUAUCUUGGAGUUUAAAAAUGAAAGUAAUGUAAACUUUUAUAGUGUCCUUCUUUUGCCAAUCCUCUACCGCUCUGCCAACAGCAAGAUCUCUGUUAAAAAAAGAAACAAAAGACUUGAGUCUAAAACUUCUAGGCGUUAAUUCAAACUUGAGGCUGAACUUUUGCACAGAUUACUAUGUUUUUGCUGGUAGAGAGAGGUCCUUCAGUGUUUACCAAGACCAUAAACAUGAUUAUGGAAAUCAAAAAUGUAUUCACUUUGUUAUUCCUGACUAAAAUGUUUAUGGUUCUCAGGUAAAUGAAAACCCAAAUAACCAAUCUGGUUUAGAAAAAAAUAUUCUGUUUGCCUAAAACGCUAGUGGAUGGUAGCCAAAAGUAUCAUCUAUGCAAGAAAAAAAAACUAAAAUACAAUUUGGCCCGAAGAAGGUCUUUUAAUUAAAAGAAUAGUAAUAAUCAGACUGGGUAGAUCAGGCAGAAUAAUUUACUAGUUAACUUUUUUUGCCAGCCAACAGAGGAGCAAACGUUCCCAAAUUUGCUUUCAAAUGGAUCCAAAACGGAGUAGAACCAGUAGACGCUUCUCUUAUUAAAGGACUAGUGUGAUAUUUUAAGUGAGACUGUGCACUUUGAAAAUUGGGCAAGAAGACUGAUAUUGCUCAUGCCUGUGUGAUAAAUAAGAAUUUAAAGAAUUUACAAUCAGCAUAUCUUACUUUAGCUUAGCAUAGCAUUGCAUAAAUGUAAGUGAAAUGCUAAAAAAUAUUAAAUUAAAAGUUGAUGUUGUGCUUUCAUGGGGUAUUAAGUGUAGAAUUAUUUGUUUACCAUUGUUUUUUUUAGCAGCUUUGCAUAUAGCCCGGUUACCUUUUUGCGUUUGUUUCCAGUCUUUAUGCUAAGCUAGAGCUAGCCAAGCUAUUUUUUUUCUCUCAUUAUUUAAAGCACUGACAGGCGAGUGCCACUGAUCAACAGCAAAGUGUCUUGUUUAAGGCAUCAGUCACACAGGAUGAUGCACCAGUUGGCGACCACCUAACAAUAACUAGCCUUCAAGUAGUUGGCAAGUGGUUACUGGAGGUUGCCUGGCAAAAUUUGUUCUGUGUUGGACCAAAAAUCACUUUGUGGCUGUUUUGGUUGCUAGCAGAUCGCUGCAGUCUCCUAUAGUUUACAUAGGAGACGCUGACUUCUGCAAACUCUCAUUAACUACUCGACUAGUAUUAGUGCAACGCACUCCAGAAAGAGGUCUUACACCUUCAAAGUAGAAGUUGUGGCCUUUGAAACAUGUUCGUUUCAGUGCUAAGCUUUUACUUUAAAGAGGAAAGUCUCUGCUUGUGGGGUGUCGUACGUUCGCAUGUUUCGCUAAUGCUAGUCAAGUAGUUAAUGAGUUUUUGCAGAAGUCAAUGUCUCCCAUGUAAACUACCGGAGACUGCAGUGAUAAUGUUAGUAGCCACAAGGAGAUUUUUGGUCCAGCACCCUGUUGGCAACUGACUUCAGGACAGGAGGUCGCCAGGGGGGUGACAGGCUGGUCUGUAGGCCUGUGUGACAGAGGCCUAAACAAAUUAAAGAUGAAGAAUUAUGCACAAUGAAAGAGAAAGUCCCAAAGCAAAUAGUUUUCAUAAUGUUUGAAUGUUUCAUAACAAGUGCAGGACCAAACUAUGAGAAGUAAAGUACUUAAAGGACCUUGAUUACCACAUAAAGGCACAUGGCAAAUGAAAUAACCAUGUGUAAUUCAUUCUGAAGGCAUUAAUAAUUAAAUAUAUACUUUUAAAAUUUUUUGCUGAGGGACAGAUUAUGGUGUGAGUUAAAACUGAUCACUUAGUAUGUAAAAAAUGCUUUUAGUGCGAACAAGUGAAAUCAUGGAAAAGCAAGCCAGUGGAAACUGAUGGAUGAUAUGAAGAGGGAAGUCAGGUUGCAGCUAAUAAAGGGUUCACAUGAGGAAAUGUUUAUGGAGGAGCAUUAACAUGAGAUUAAAUAGCACAUGUUUCCUUUUUUUCUUUUUUUUGGUCAUGUUGUGUAGUAGCACGUCAGCAAUCUUAUCAGAUCUUUGACAGGGUGCUUGGGGCAUUUGAUGUGAUUCUUUUUUUUUUUUGUGUAACACCAGCUUUAUUUUGUAAUGAUUCAUGUCAGAGAAACUCAAAAGUUUUAGGUUGAUCAAAGGAUGGCAUGUUUGAAUUUAGUGAAAAUAUCAAUGUGACAGAGCUUUGAUAUGUGUGUACUGUUCAUAUUCUUCAAAAUCGUCUUUGAAUCACAGGUUUAAAACACUUGAUCCACACGCGGGUUAUUUUAUUUAUUUCUCUAUUUUAUUUGAAUCAAACUAACUGCUCUGACAUUCUAGUAGAACCUGUUAGAGUGUCCGUUUCUUUGUGGAAGUGCAAAUAUAUCCAGUGGAUGUUGAUUAUUUUAGACUGUACAGAAUUGUCAAAGCUGUCUCUUGUCCCUCAUGGCUGAUUAAUGUAAGUACCUGCUGACUGUGAAACAUGUUGCACUACAUUGUACAGAUUAACUACUGUAUCUUUUUGUCAAUGUUAUUCUGGUGGAUGGAGUUUUUUUUUUUGUUUUUUUUUUGGGUAUAAUGCAAAACAAAGUAAUACUUUUAACAACA